AUGGAAGUGCUUACAAAGUCGCCUGCUGAGCAGAUCAUUGCUCCAAAAGGGAAAGCUGGAAAGAGCAGCAGCCAAAUGAUGAAGGACCAUUCUCAAGAGCCAUCAACAUCCUCCUCCAAGGAAUCGAAAUAUGUGGAGAUUUAUGAUUUCCCUGGAGAAGAGAGUCCCCAGACUCUAAAACUGACUUUGGCAGGGAAUGGAAGUAAAGUGGCCUUUAUCAGACCUAAAAAUGGAUCUUGUGGGAUCAGUGAGGUUAACAGAUUGGCUAACAAUAUGCUGGCAGACAAAUCUGCAAACCAAGCACCCCAGGACUAUAAAUCUAAAAUGCAAGGCACUCCUUCCCCCAUGGGAACGAAGGCGGAUGAGGUGGGGGGAAGCAUCACUGGCACCAGCCCAGGAGGGUCUAAUGAGAACACUCUGUCCCCUAGUAUUUCCAACAUUCAGCUUUACACAAACGGCUGUCCAGAAUCCUCCUCAUCCUCUUGUCCUUCACCAGUACAAACAACAGGCAGCUUUCCAAAAAUGGAUGACAUGGGAACAGAGGGGAAAACCUCCUCUUCUUCAUUUGGAUAUGAAAGUGAUGAGGAUGAUGAUGCAGACUGUAAAGAAAUCUGUCUGAGUAACCAGAGAGGUGGGCGCAGGCAUGCUUCACAACUGCUGCAGUCGCAACACAGCUACACCAGUGAAACCAACAGUAACAAUAAUGAUGAAGCACAUUAUAUUACAACCCAUGAAAUCCAGCUUAGCGAAGUAGACCAUGACAUGGACUUUGAUUAUGGAUUAGCUUCUCGGUGGGACUUUGAGGACAACAAUGUGAUUUAUUCCUUUGUGGAUUAUGCUUCCUUUGGGAGUGAAGAGACCCUUGCAGACACACAGACAGAAGAGGACAAUAGCUGUUAUCUCAGCACGACCACCAGUGAUCUCAAUAACCAGACAGACAGCAUUGAUAAUACUAGCAGUACAGAGAUAGUCAGCAUUAAUUCUGAAAAUGAUACGCCUAGCGCAGACAAAUGCGCCAGCUCGGAAGAAAGUCAGUCCAAGAACCUCAGCAACAUGAGUGAGAAUUCUGCAGGCCAGAUACUCCUAUCAAUCAAACCAACUUCCAGGGCUAUAAAUGAGCCUAGCAACCAGCAAGAAAAGCAAAACAUUAUUUAUGCUGCCAAGCAUGAAGGCGACAUGAGCCUCUGUGUCUCCACAGCUCAUGAACGAAAUGCAAGUUUAAAACAAGAUGUGUUUCAUGACUAUGCAAAAAAAUUCAUUGCAGUACCUGCACGCUUGCAAACAAAGUGUGGAGCCAUAAGAGCAAGGGAACUGGGAGGAUACUCAAGCGGUGCUUCCAGUGUGGUAAGUGAACUGGAUGAUGCAGAUAAAGAAGUAAGAAGCUUGACUGCAAGAGCAUUCCGGAGCUUAGCUUAUCCCUACUUUGACACCCUGAACCUGAGCUCCAGUGAAUCUUCCACAUCACUUUCAGAUCAUACCCUGGGAAUCAACCGGUGGUCAACUUACUUGGAUUUAAAGUGUGGCAGCCUUGGGCAGAAAGCAGAACAGAAUCUUUUCAAAAGCAGCACUGCAUCUGCUGGAUGGAACAAGAGCACUGGAGCAAAGACAUCCAGUGACCAGUUCUACAUUCACUCCAAUAAGUCGCAGACUAAAGCGCUAGAGUUUGUUGUCAGCAAGCUUGAUGGGGAAAUAACGCAUGUUGAAACACCACCUUGCUUCGAAAAACGGAUCCAGUCAGGCUCCCGGGUUGUUACUUUGUUGGAGACUUUGAAUUUCAGCAGCAAUAUUAAUGCGGGUGUCCCCAGACCUGCUAAACCUUUGGAAAAUGCUGCUGCUGGAUCAGGUUGCACAGAUGAGAUUACAGAAACACUGCCAAGGGAGCUGGGCAAUGAAACUUGCAAACAAACUGGGCUGGCUGCAGAAACCAUGGAAGGCACACAGAAGAAGUCAAAAUUUGCCUCUAGCCUCCUCAAAAAUGUUAUCUCAAAGAAAAUGCAACUGGAGCAUGAGUUCAAAAUGGAAAGGGGAGAGAUCACAGACAACACAUAUUCUGGUAUGUCCAACUCUUUAUCUUCUAGAGAGGUGGAUGCCACCUCCAAAGAGAAGUUAAGAGAUGGGGGUUUGCAGAGGCAGAAUUCUAGAUAUUCAGAAGGCAGCUCUGACUACACAAUUGUAACAGCAGAUGAUUUGGGAGAGUUUUUUGAAAGCAAGUCCCCUACCUCCAAGCGGUCUACUCCCUGGGAGGGAAAUAUUAGCCUGGAACGAUCCCUUUCAGAAACACAGUUGGAAGAGGCAUGCAAAAUAAAAGAGAGUGCGUCUGAAACUCUCAAGGCAACUUUCCUUCGUAGCCAGAACAGUGCAUUUAGAACAUGGAGAGAAAAAGAAGCAGAAAAAAAAGAGGUGAAGGAGCUGGUGGGGAAACUGAAAACUUCUCCCAAAAGUGACUGGAAAGCUGAUUUAGGAGAAAUCUCAGCCAGCAAGUCAACUAAAAUGUCUCGCCUCUUUGUCCCAAAUAUUCAACAAACAAGCAAAGAAAGACAACCCAACAAACAGGUAACAAAAUAUUCUACAGCAACCAGUGCAGAAGCUCAGACAGCCAUUGCUACCACGAUGAUAAAGCCCAAAGCUCCUGAAAUCAAGAUCAGUUUGGGUAGUGUGCAACAGAACAAAGAUCAUCCUUUCAAUAUUGCUAAGCUCCUCACACCUAAGAUAGCUGGGAAUGUCCCAAAUUUUUUCAAGGCAGCUGAAGAUACCAGAUGUCAGCAGCAAAAACAAUUUAAAGGUGAGGGACUGGAUAAAGUGCCCCAAUUUCUGGUGCGUGAUGUACGAGAAAGCAAGCCUAAGGUCCAAGGGCCAAUUCAUCAGGUGAGAGAUGUCAGAAAACUAAUCAAAAGUAAUUAUGGCUACGAGUCUGGUGAUAACAACAGUGACAGAGGCAGUGUCAACUCUGAUCAGGGAACCUCUGAACAGAAACCCAAGCAGCUGGUGACAGCCGGCAUUCCCAGGCCUCUGUCUCCCAUGGUGAUAACUUGUCAGGCCGUAAGCAACAGCAAGGAGGACAAGAGGUCCAGCAAGACUACAGAGUUGGGGGCCAAAGCAAGCAGUGGAGGCAAGUUGCUGCCUUCCAACCAAGAGGGGACAAUCCUCGUGCACAGGACAUCAGGGAGGCUGCCUGUGGCGACCAUUGCUCCUAACAAAAGUGACCCUCGCCAGCCUGCUGUGCUGAAGAUAGUCUCCAAAACAUCUGUGCCCUGGAGGCAGCAACCACAGCCUCCACUGCAGCCACAACCUACAGUGGUUGAGAAGAGCAGCAAGGUAGGACAAUUGGUGGUGUCCGGAGAAGAGGAUCUUUCUCGGGAGGAGAUGACCAAGACCUCCAUUACCGUGAACCACCAAGCACUGGAGAAGCUCACAGCAGCAGUCCGAAGCAUGGAGGAGCUCUACAGCUUCAGCAAGAAUGAGUGGAAGCGCAAAAGCGACCCCUUGCCCAUAACUGAUAGCCACGUCUUGUCCCUCAUAGCCAGUGAGGAACGAGCCACAGGGUCUCUGCAUGGCAUCAGGGAAGAGCAGAUGGCUAGUGCCAAGGCAGAGGACCACGCUUCAGGUCGGAGUGUGCGCCUGACAACAUCUCCCAGCAGCAUGGCCACGAGCAGGGCUGCCCCUGAGCGCCAACCGCGCAGCAGGACUGCCAACCACACAAAGAACGUGGAGAAGGUCUCCGCCAAGAUGGCUGCCUUUGAGAGUCUGGCACAGUCUCACGAGCGGCCACGGGGGCUGGGCAUCCGUGGGGAGGCCACAACUGGCACUGCUGCCGCCUCAGGGGCUGUGGAGAGGGGCAGAGCGCCAGGGGUGCCCCGCAGCACCUUCACCCUCGGCGCUCCCAAGGCCAAACCUCCUCAGGAGCCGUCGCCACCGCCACGAGGCCUCAAGGGCCAGGCCAGGCCUCGCUCCAUCAAACUCUUUGGCGACAAGCUAGGCCCCGCCGAGCCCGACAAGGGGCCCAAGCCGGCGCCUCCCGACUGCGGGAACUACUUAGCCCUCCCGCUCAAGGACGAGCCGAGGGGCGAAAGGGGCACCUCCGGCCUCCCUUCCGCAGCUCAGGCGGCGGCCGCACUCUGCAGCCACCAUCCCCAGCCCCUCAGGAGCCACGCGGGCAGGGAGGAGGCGAGCAGCGGCGGCCUCGCCGUCCCUCAGCCGCCUCUGCCUCAGCAGCAGCCCCAGACGGCGGCGCCUCAGCUGGAGGUCUCUCCCGCCCCCAUCUUCCCUCAGGCCCUCUCCCUGGCCGCCUUGACGGGGGCCCAGCCCGCGCCGCUGCUCUGCUUCUCGCCGCCCAUGCCAGCCCCGCUGCCGGCCGCGGCCUCCUCCGAGGCGGCCGUCUUCCCGCCCGCCCCGACGCAGCGCAAGGUGCUGCUGGACCUGAGCACGGGCCAGUGCUACGUGGUGGAGGCGCCCGCUCCGCAGCCGCCGCCCCCGCAGAAGAGGCGCCUCUUCGACCCCGAGACCGGCCAGUACGUGGAGGUGCCCCUGCCGGCCCCGCCGCCGGCGGCCGUGACGCCGCUGAGCCUCCCCAUGUCGCCACUAGCCCUGGGCGCCGCGCCGGCCCCGUAUGGCGCGCCCGCCGCAGCCUACAUGAUCUACCCGGGUUUCCUGCCUGCCGUCUUGCCCGCCAGCGCCCUGCAGGGCCCGCUCGGACAGCAGCCCGGCGAGCUCAACCCAGCGUCCGGUAGCAGCGCCAGCCCCGCGGCAGAGAGCCCUUAUUACAUGCCCACGGGCAAGGCCGCCCAGCAGCAGCAGCAGCCAGCGCCUGGCGGCGAAGGGAAGGCUCCGCUCAUCAGCAUCACCUCGCAGCCUCUGGGCCCUCGCAUCAUCGCGCCUCCCUCCUUCGACGGCACCACCAUGCGCUUCGUUGUGGAGCACCGGUGAUGGCUGAUGCUGCGACGGGCGCAAAGAACAAGAAUUUUUCUCCCUUAAUCUGAAACUAAUUUGGUAAUGCUAAACUCUCAUUUACAUUGCUGCUUUUGCUUUCUCGUGCAUUUCUCAUGCGUUGCUUUGUAUAAAACAAGUGUGAAUGUUUUUUCAUGUUUGCUUGAUGCCCUUUUAUUGAACUAUGCAUAAAUUUAAUUAUGCACAUGUGAAUGAAUAUAUUAUGGUAUUUUCUGUAAAGUUUUUUUAAAUGUAAUGUAGAAACCUGGUAGUAAUCUUUGUACCUACGUAACAUAUAUGGUUAAGAAACUAGAUACAUGUUUUAUGCAAAUGAGUGUUUAAAAAAAGCACUGAUGACCAUCCUUUUUUAAAAGCAACUUUGUGGAUGAAUAUACGAGUGGAAGAAGAAAGUGUGUUUAACCACACUCCAAGUCAUGCCCCUCUCAAAUAUUUUAUUCCAGGCUGUCAGAGUUCUAGAUGCAUGUUUACACACUGGUGGAACUCCAUGGGAGGGAAAAUCAGUUCAAGAGAAAAGGUUUAGGAACCCCUCAUCCCUCACCAUUUUUCAUCCUUCCACAGACUGGUUUGUUGUGAAAGCAUUUCCUGGGGGCUGUGCUAGACACAUUUGUGUGUAAUUUGUAGUUUGCUUUUAAGAUUAACUUGCUACAUUUCAUAGGUAUUGCCUAAUUGCAGGAGGAGGGACAUAUAUGUCAAGGUGGCAUGCUAUAAAUUGAAAUUUAGCUCUGUCUCUUUGCAAGUAUUCAGGAUUUGCAAGUAAUAACCCGUGCACUGACAGGACACUUAAAGAAUGAUGGUCCUGAAUCAAUUUUCAUUUAAGUCAUUUGUAGUAUUGGAAUAAUCUUCAAUAGCACUUUAAUGAGCUCUCUCCAAAUAUCUAGGUUCCAAUUUAGCUAAAACUAGGUAUAUUUAAGUUGCACUGAAAACAUGUUAGUCAUAGCUAACUUUCCUUUGUUCUGUAUGUGACUAGGUCUUACCUACACACCAGAUGGUUGGAGAUCUAUGGUCAGACUUUCUGACAUAUUUUUAAAUGUAAAAAGCAGCAGGGGAGAAGUUGGAUUGGGGCCACAGUGCUUGGGUAAGCCUUUCUUCUGGUAUCAUUUUCCAGACAGAAAUUGUUUACCCAGAUUCUGUUCACUAUAUCGUGAAAAAAGACUGGUACCAUAUUGUACCAAUCUUUCCCUCCUCUUACAGGAACUAAUAGACACUGUCUGCCCCCCCCUUCAUGUUUUUGGGAAAUGGUUCAAAGGAGUGGAAAGGUUUUACCCCUUCCCUCUCCCGGCAUUGCAGCUGUGAUCCAAAUCUGGCUUACCAUGGUUCUCAGGCUAAAAAAACCCAAAAGAGUUGAGGGAUCUGAUCACGGGCCUCCUGCCUAAUGUUUAGUUAGACUCUUCACCAUGACUAAAUUUAGCAGGUCAGAGAACCUAUUCUUUGAUUCAUCUUUAGUGUAUAUUUUUGUAAUAAUUUCGGCUCUCAUUGUGGAAACGACUAAAAACUUGGUUUGAGUUGCUUUAACAUUUAAAAUAAGUUUCUUUGUACUGUUGUGUGACAUCACCAGGAGCCUUGACUGCCAUGAUUCUUUUUUUUUAAUGUUAGAAAGCUCUGAAAGGAAAGCAGUCUUUGAAAUUGUUCUUUUCUGGCAGGGCUCCUUGUGCCUUUAACUGUUGUGUGAGAGACAGAAAUCCAACUAAUUAACUUUAUCGCUGUAUGUUAUGUGGAGAAAGAUGUAUGCCUGUUAAAUUUCUGACUGUUGUUCAGUUGCUCCCCCCCCCAAAAGCUUGAAUUUUAGAACUCAUAAGGAGAAGAGGAUAACGUUUACUUUACUUUCAUCCCCCCACCCCUACAAAUGUAUGGCUUUAGGGAAAAUUUCUUCAGCAAGUAUUUUUUGAAUAGUAUUUUUUGACUAGAUUACCAAUCUAGUCAGUGGUUUCUUUUCAGUGUCCUAAGCUAGCACAUGCCUGUUUAGCAUCAGGCCGAAGUUUAAAUAUUUACCUCAAAGCCUCCCUCAAGGGAGAAUUAACACUUUAGUGAGAUUUGGAAAUGGAGAGGUAUUUUACGUGCAAGUGAUGUUAUCUUUGCUACACUUGCUGUGCAGUCCUGUGCAAGGUUGCUCCCGUCCAAGCCCACUGAAAUCAGUGGGUUUAGAAUGGAGUAGGUCUGCAUUGAAUAGCACUGUGAGGAUGUCACAUCCAUGCCAGAGCAUACUGAACUUCCAGUCUGGCACUAAAGUCCCAAAUCACCAGUGCAAGCAGCAGUAUCCCAAACAGAUUGUGCAGGGGUUGUUACAUCCUUUUGUGCUACUGAUGCUUACCUUAAUGCCACCCCCCCCCCCAAGCUGGUGAGAUUUGGAGAACUGCAGGUGGAUUUCCACUUACAAAAUGGGGGCUUCUUGCCUCCUUGUUUCUGCUUUAGCUUCUUGCUUCCUUCUCCUCUGAAAGCAAUCCUGGGUCUAUGGGACUCUUUAUAAUUGUGUGGGAUAUAGUAAAGGGGCAGCCAGCAAGUGAAGGAACAAAUUGGUGGAAAUAGGAAUCCCUCUCUCUGGCAAGAGUAGAAGUGCUUUUUAGUUCCUGACCACUGUGUAUAGAUACUAUGCAGAUCACACAGAUUCAUGUCCUCUGACAAACUUGCUCACCUAGCUAAUCCCUCCUUCUAAAAAACCAUCGCAGAGGUAGGUAUGUCUUUAAUUGUAUGUUGCACUGAAGCCAGUACACUCCAGUACCAAAGAAACUUAGUUAGGGUUAGCAUGCCACUUUCCCCAUAUGUCCUCUACCAUUUGCCUGUUGUGAUUUUAAUCUUGUUGCCGCUGAAAAGAAUCUGGAUCUUCCUGCUCAGGCAAAAACAUCUGAGGAAUUCUGAGAGAAGGAAAAAAUAUUUUCACAACUCUUGUGAAAUUUCUCAGGGAGAUUUCACACAUUCUUAGACAUUAGCGAAGCUUGUUGUCUUUGUGUGUUAUCAUAUUUGUCUGUAAACCCAGGUGUACUUCAUUUGUUAACAUUCAUUAUGCUGCUGUGAGAAUAAUACUACAGAAAUUGAAGCUAGAGACACACAAAUCCUGUACAAGGAAAUUAUGCUCUAUGCAGACAUGAAAGGAUGUAUAUACAGCUCUCUUUGAACUAAAAGGAGUUUUUUAUUUUGUAAGUCAUAGGGGGAAAAGUCAUAGGGAAAAAACGUGAAUUUGCUCUUUGCUCUAUUAAUCUUUAACAUAUGCAUGCCCUGGCCUUGUUGAUGGAUAUGUAGGUUGACACUAUUAAUAGGAAUGCCUUCUUUAUAUUACAGCUUGCUUGAAAGCAGGCCCCUUAUUUAGGCUGCAGACAGAGCCACACUGAUCCAUGCUACUGUAGCCUCCAGGUUGCACUACAGUAAUGCACACUGGUUGGGGCUGCCUUUGAAAAUGUCUAGAGAGCUUUAAUUAGGGUGCCGGCUUUCUCUCUGGUAGGUCUAGCACUCGGAAAACACCUACCAGAGCAGAUGCAGAGGGUGCCUUCCCAGGUUUUAUUUGCAAAGGCAUGCAGGAGAGUUCUGUUUUAGAGGGCAUUUGGCAGAUUUGACUAUAUAUUUAAUCUCUAUACUGUUUUUAUUUUGUUAAUGAACACCUAUGUUUUUGGGUCCUUACACCUUACUGUUUUGGCUGUUUAAGAAAAUAAGGCAAGAUAUAAAUAUUUUUUUUUUAAAAAUGAAGGCACUUCAGAACUAAAGGCAUAAUUCAGACCAUGACAUGUUGUACGAUGAAUCUCCUUUCCAGCAGCCAAAGGCCUGGCAAGCCCAAGACAUAUCUGGCAUACUGCAGUGUUUACUGUAUUUCACAUAACUGGUGGGAGGAAUCACAACAGCUCCCAACCGAUCAGAGCAGCAUCAGAAAACAGUGCCUAGCAUCUAGACCCCAGUUAGACUGGUAUGCCAGUGUGGCUGAUUAGCCAUCAACAUGGGUUUAGAGUCCAUACCUUUAGAUAAAAUAGUCGUGCUUCUUUCCUAACUCAACUAUAUAUAACAAACAAACAGUGAAAUCCUAAACAGAGUUA